CUAUCUCUCCAUUCUCCAUCUCCCUUCUCUGUUUAUUUCCUCGCCUCCUCCUCCUCCUCUUUCUCUCUCUCUCUGUCUCUCUGUAUUUCUCAUCUCUGAAAUUAAGAUAUAUAUGGAGAAGAGUAGGUCGUUCCCUGAGUACUCGUACUUGUCUUCAUAUUCGGGUGAGUUCGGGUACGAGGGCCGGUCCAACUCCUACAGCUUCAACGGGCCGAGCGGGAAGCGGGACGGCUUCGCCAGCUCCACCGAUCCCGAGCUCAAACGCAAGCGGCGUGUCGCCUCCUAUAACGUCUUCACCAUGGAAGCUAAGCUCAAGUCCUCCGUCAGGAACAGCUUCAAGUGGAUCAAGGCCAAGUUCACCCACAUCAGCUAGCUCCGCCGGGCGUCUAACUCUCUCUCUCUCUCUCUAUAUAUAUAUAUAUAUCCCUUCUUCUUCCUCUUUUCUUUCUUUUUCUUUUUUGGGGGUAAAGUCUCUCUCCGUCUCUCCGCUAAGUGCUAUGUAAAAAUUUAGUUAGUUAUGGUGCUUGUCCUUGUAAAGGACUUGCAUGGUUGGAUCAUGAGGUUGGCUCGGGAUCGAAGGGAAUCCGGUCGCCGUCAGACAUGGCUUAGAUAAUUGAACUCGGGUAGCUUGGAGAUGUGUGCCGUUGCUUUGUAAGGUGAAAUCGAUCUUAAUAAGCUUCCAAUGGACGAAGGGUUAACCAGCAGUCGUAAUCUCCAAUGGAGCCGUCUUAAUUAGUUUAAAGUUGUGCUUGUUUGAUCUCUGAUGAUAGAAUUAUAUGCGUGAAUCGAGGGGUUUGUCUUCUGAUAUCGGAGGAUCUCGCAUGCAUAUGUGAAAUUGUGCAUCUCUGGAUCAAAGUGUUUUUCGUUUCGCGUACCUUUUAGACGGAAAAGCAUGAAUCAACCGGAAUGGUAGUUCAAUUGUAUUUUUCCUUUUUCUUUUGAGAGAAAGUUCGACUGUACUUUGGAAAUCAAGUCUUGUAAGAAAAGUGGGUACGGGAACUUCUAGUUCAAGCCCAGCCAUAGGUCAUAUAUAAUAUUUCCCUCACUUACAU